AUGCCACGAAUAUUGAGAGCCCAGUCAGUGGCGAUUAUGAAGCGCUCUCGCUCUCUAAAUCAGAGUUAUUCAUUUAAAAAUGAAAAUCACCUGAUACUCAAGAGGACAGGACUUAACAAGUAUGAAUCUAGUGAGUUCGAAUCAGGGGGUUACAAAUGGAAACUAGUAUUGUAUCCCUGCGGUAAUGCGAAAAAAGUGGGAAGUUCCUACAUUUCUCUCUACAUAGCGAUUGCAGGGGCAAAUGCAAUUCCUGUUGGAUCCCAGGUUGAUGUGAUUCUCAAAUUAUUGAUUUAUGAUCAGAUUCAAGACAAGUACUUGAGCAUUCAAGAUGAUAGAGCAAGACGUUUCCAUUCUUUAAAAACUGAAAAUGGUUUUGAUCAGCUAAUCUCGCUCGAGAUGUUCAGUGAUCCUUCUAAUGGGUAUCUUGUUAAUGAUUGUUGUGCAUUUGGAGCCGAAGUUCAUGUUAUCAAAUACGAAGGUAAAGGGGAGAAAUUUUCUAUUAUAAGAGAACCAGCAAAUGGUACCUAUACAUGGAAGAUUCAGAAGUUCUCAACAUUCCCAGAGGGACAACAGUUCUCACAGGAAUUUACCGUUGCACAACAUAAUGAUUUCAGGAUAUUGGAGUUAUAUCCAAAAGGAGAUUCAAGGGCAAAGGGUAAAUUUCUGUCAUUAUUCCUACAUUUGCUUACCGUUGACAAUGCUCUUCCUCGACAAAGAGUGUACUCAGAAUAUACGCUGAUAGUAAAAGAUCAGGUGCUGGAAACUCAUUACGAACGUAUAGGUGAACUGGCUUAUAUUCUGUUCUAGCACAUAUUAAU